UGAGGAGUGAAUGCCAGCCAGGAGAGCAUUCCAAAGCCUGGGGGCAAUGUCUGAGAAGGCCCUGUCCCCAUCCUCUCACCAUCAGCAUACAGAGCAGAGCCCGCUCCGAUGAUCUUGUCACGUGGGCAGAAACCCUUGGGAGCAGGUGGUUCUUUGGAUAUCCAGGGCCCAAACUGUUAAGGGCUUUAAAGGUGCCGCCACUGCUCCCAGGACUAUGGAGCAAAAGGCUGGAGCCCCUUGUGUUCUGAUGCUGGAUAAGCAGCUAAUAGCUAAGCAGUCCUUUGGAAUGGAAGAUGCUCAAAAGGAAAGGGAUGAGAAUGGAGCCCUGCAGUGUGAGCUGAGAGAGGCCAAGGUGCAGAGUGAAGAGAGCCAGCCCCCAUCGAAUGUCUCCCUGGUCGAGGAUGAAGGCAAAGAGGAUGCUGUGCCAGAGCUACUCCGAUCCAGUUCAGUUCCCCUCAAGGCUCGCUUGGCUGGGAAGCUACACCAGGUGCAAGUGCUGAGGGACCAGUCUUGUGCUGAAGAAGUCCCCAGCAAAUGUGCCACAUCUGCACUCCAGGUCAGUGUGGAGGAGCCACAGGAGAAUCCCAGACGGAAAGAAGAGCUUCAUAGCCAGUUGGAUGGUACUUCUCAGCUCAGGGAGGCAGGCAGUGAGCGACGACACCGGUGUGAGGAGUGUGGUAAAGCCUUCCUGCAGCUUUGCCACUUGAAAAAGCACCGCUUUGUACACACAGAUCACAAACCAUUCCUGUGUACAGAGUGUGGCAAGAGCUAUAGCUCAGAAGAAAGUUUCAAAGCACACUUGCUGGGCCAUAAAGGAGUACGGCCUUUCCCUUGCCUACAGUGCCACAAGACUUACGGCACUAAACGUGACCUGCAAGAGCACCAGGUAUUGCACACAGGCCAGCGCCCUUUUGCCUGCCCAGACUGCGGGAAGUCGUUUGCCCGCCGGCCUUCCCUCCGUAUCCACCGCAAGACACACCAGGCGAAGGAGCCGAGCCCUGCUGCCACAGCUGCCUGCCAGUGUGUGAUCUGUGGACGGCACCUGGCCAACCCUGGGUCACUGCGCAACCAUAUGCGGCUACACACAGGAGAACGCCCCUACACUUGCCCCUACUGCAGCAAGUCUUUCCGCCAGCAGGGCAACCUGCGUGGGCAUCUCCGGCUGCAUACAGGGGAGCGCCCUUACCACUGCCACUUCUGUGGAGAUGCCUUUCCGCAGCGCCCUGAGCUGCGCCGCCACCUGAUCUCCCACACAGGUGAGGCCCACCUGUGCACAGUAUGUGGGAAAGCACUGCGUGAUCCUCACACACUGCGGGCUCAUGAGCGCUUGCACACAGGCGAGCGGCCUUUCCGUUGCCAUCUGUGUCCCAAAUCCUAUCCUCUAGCUACAAAGCUUCGGCGCCACCAGAAAGCCCACCAUGGUGACAAGCCCCACCGGUGCAACAUUUGCGGCAUGGGCUAUGCCCUCCCCCAGAGUCUGCGCCGCCAUCAGCUUGAGCACAAAGGAAACCCACACAAGGAUGCAUCCAAGCUGGGCAUGAAAGGCCCCCAGGAAUUGCCAGCUCCAGAGCAGCCUGCAGUGCUAGUGGUGCACUCUGUGGACAUGGCAGCACCAGGAAACAAAGCAGAACUCCUCAUCACCAACAAUAGGCACUAUGUUUCUGCACAGCAAAGCUCUGUUGGAUGCAAGGAUGUGAUUGAGAUCACUCUCUCAGAUGCAGAGGAAGAAUGCAUCAUUGUGCAGGAGCAGGGCUCUUCUAGUGACAUGUUCAUUAUUCAGGAGGGUGUGGGUUUCAGUACAGUGGCUGAAGUGGUGGAGGUAGAGGUGGGGACGUGACUACCAGUCUUUUAUAGAUGACAUUAAAGCUUUUUUGGGCCGUCUGGAUGUGCAUAUGGGAAGGCAACACAAGCGUCAAGAAAUGCACACUAGUUUGCUUAGAGGUAUAGAAGAUCAACAAGGAGACAGGCGAUUUCUGUUUGGCUAGGACUCUGGCUGGAUUUCCAAUAUCUCAUAUUCCACCAUAAGCCAGUAAGCAUGUGCAAUAGGUACUGCCUAACAGAGACAGUCUGGAAGAAGGCCUUCAUUUAGCAUCCUUUCAUCAAAACUGGGUUCAAAAUGAUCCAAUGUCAAGGUUUUUCUAGGUCUACUUGUAUGUUGCUUGUGUUUAGUUAAAACAUGGCAACAUUGAUUGAGUAGUGGGUUCUGCAGAUGUUUACACAGCCAUCAUUGCCAUACAAUUGCCAUUGCAAUUGAUAGAAUAUGCAUAGCACAAACAUUUUAUCAUAGCACUAUGAUAAAAAGCAAGGGAGCACAGUUAUUUAAAGCAAAAGAGAGCAGGUACUCUCAAUAAGUAACACUAUGGUAGCUCCACAGAAUGUCCAAGAUUCUUUACCAUCAAGGUUAGAGCAAGUAUAAGUAACAGCAAGUAGCCAGAAACAGCAAAUUUCUGACUAAUUCACACAACCUGUGUUAGAUGUGGGCUAACUCAGUCCUGUUAGGUGGUGAAGCCAGCAGGUGCCUCCUUCACAGUGCAGUCAGCGACAACAAGGAAUUGAGGCCCAACUCCUACAUUACUUUGGUGAUGUUUCAAAAUUGUACUCCAGGGUAGGAUUUGGAAGCAGUAGGAUUUGGGAAAGCAAUCGAGAACAGCUGGUAUGUAUUUUUCCUGUUCCAGCACACGGGUCCAGUUUUUGCAGGCCUGAAAUAAUGACACUGUUGGCAAGGGAUCUCGUUGAAUCUAAACCCGAGCAAGCCCAUGUAAAAAAUAAAGUAUCUUUCUUCUGCUACAGUUGCUGUGGUGUUGGACAUGCCUCUUGGCCUCACUGAGCCAACCUACCACAGCUGAUGCUCUCAUAUGCUGCUCUUAAGUGUAAGCAAGCACUUGCACUCAUGUGUUGGCAUUGAGGAAACGGAUCCACAUGAGUUUUGAAAACAAAGUUUACAGGCCCUGCAAUAUACUUACCUGCCAUGUGCUAGGAAUAAAGUUACCACAAACAAUCCCUAAUUCACAUGGGGAAUGCUAGUAAAUGAUAUCUGAAUUAAAAAUGCUUUAAAAAAAUGAA